AUGGCCCGGGCGGCGAGGAAAGCUGCUGAUGCCGCACUGCUCUCGCCGCCGCAGGCUUUCAUGUUUCCUUCCUCCGCUGGGCUCCUCCGGGGGGCCUGUGCCGCUAAAAAAGCCUUGCCGGAGACACAUCGGCAGCGCGUGCAUGGUUGUGCCCUACCCUACUGGGUCAAAGCCCGUGGCUUACACAGUGCGCGCAGGGUGUUCGACAGAACGCCUACGCGGAGCUUGCCGGCGUGGACAUCGAUCAUCUCCGGCUGCGCGCGUGAAGGCAGGCACGCGGACGGCAUGCGCGCGUUCACGGAGAUGCUGGACGGAUGCGGUGCGACCGCGCCGAACGCCUUCGUGCUCGCAGGCGUCCUCCGGUGUUGCGCGGGGCUCGGUGACAUCGAGUCUGGCAGGCGCAUCCACGGGUGGAUUAUGCGGAGCGGCAUGUGUCCGGACGUGGUGCUCUGCAAUGCAAUCCUUGACAUGUACGCCAAGUGCGGUGACCAUGGGUGCGCCAGGAGGGCGUUCGGGGCGAUGGCCCAGAAGGACGCCACAUCCUGGAACAUUGUGAUCAGGGCGUGUCUGCAGGACGGCGACGUUGUGGGGGCGAUGCGGCUGUUCGAUGAAUCGUCGUUGAGGGACGUUUCGAGCUGGAACACGAUCAUCAGUGGGCUUAUGAGGCAUGGGCGCGCCACUGAGGCGUUGGAUCGCCUGCAGCAAAUGGUGCGAGCUGGAGUUGCGUUUAGUAACUACACUUACUCCAUGGCGUUUGCCUUGGCUGGCUUGCUUUUAUUGCGGGACCUAGGCCGGCAGCUCCAUGGUCGCGUGGUGGUGGCUGAAUUGGAGGAGGAUGCGUUUGUCGGCUGCUCUCUCAUGGACAUGUACUGCAAGUGUGGAGAAAUGGAAUCUGCUCUGUCAAUCUUUGAUCGCUGGUCAGAGUUUACAGAGGACAUACAAUUGGCGUGGAGCACGAUGGUCGCUGGGUAUAUCCAGAAUGGCAGGGAGGAGGAAGCUCUUGAGUUCUUCCGCAGGAUGCUGCGUGAAGGAGUUCCUGCUGGGCAGUUCAUCCUCACUAGUGUAGCUGCUGCCUGUGCAAAUGCAGGGAUGGUUGAGCAAGGCAGGCAAGUGCAUGGAUUUGUUGAGAAGCUGGGUCACAGAUUUGAUGCACCAUUAGCGUCUGCCAUCGUUGACAUGUAUUCAAAGUGUGGUAGCCUUGAAGAUGCUUGCAGGAUAUUCAAAAGUGCUCAGGACAAGAAUGUUGCUCUCUGGACUACAAUGCUGUGCUCCUAUGCAACACACGGGCAAGGAAGAAUGGCAUUAGAGAUCUUCAGCAGAAUGAAGGCUGAAAAGAUCACGCCAAAUGAGAUAACCCUCGUCGCUGUUCUAUCUGCUUGUAGCCAUAGUGGUUUGGUCAGCGAGGGAUACCACUACUUCAACCUUAUGCAGGAAGAGUAUGGAAUUGUUCCAAGCACUGAGCACUACAAUUGCAUGGUUGAUCUUUACGGACGAGCGGGGCUACUCGACAAAGCAAAGAAUUUCAUUGAGGAAAACAAGAUCAGCCAUGAAACUAUUGUUUGGAAGACUUUGCUGUCAGCUUGUCGACUUCACAAGCACAUUGAGUAUGCAAAAUUGGCUUCUGAAAAGUUGGUUCAACUAGAACAAUAUGAUGCUGGAUCAUAUGUUCUGAUGUCAAACAUGUAUGCCACCAACGGCAAAUGGCUUGACACUUUCAAGCUCAGAAGUUCAAUGAGGGAAAGGAGAGUCAGAAAGCAGCCAGGUCAAUCAUGGAUCCAUCUGAAAAAUACUGUGCAUAGAUUUGUUGCACUGGACGUGUCUCACCCGAGAUCAGCUGAAAUUUAUGCUUACUUGGAGAAGCUGAUGGAGAGGCUGAAGGAAAUGGGGUACACAGGUAGAACUGAUCUUGUUGUACACGAUAUUGAGGAGGAACAGAGAGAAACAUCUCUGAAGUUCCACAGCGAAAAACUUGCUAUUGCAUUUGGGAUCAUCAGCACCCCUGUUGGGACGCCACUUCGGAUCUUCAAGAAUCUGCGUGUUUGUGAGGACUGCCACGAGGCAAUCAAGUUUAUAACCCGAGCCACAAAUCGGGAGAUUGUGGCCUUAACUAAUUGCUCAGCAAGGUGGUUGACAUGGAGUUUUAGUUUAAUCAGCCAUCUCACACUCUCACUGGACAAGGACGCAGUAAUUCUUGGAUCACCAGAGCUUACAGCUGAGGAUUUUCUUUAUGAUGACGAUUACAAGAUAGACCUCUCUGUGUCCAAUCUGGAUGUCCUUAAUAUCCUGGAAGGGAUUGUUCAGCUGGAAUAUCCACAAUUCAAUUUGUCGCAAGAGUUAGCCCCUAAUGCAUACCUUGGCAUGAGUAACUGUGAACAGAGUGUUGGGGUGUUUUCCUGCAAAUGGCAGAUCUUCAUUAGCCAUUCUGUAUCAUUGCAGAACUUUUCGAUUAGAACUUGCAGGAAUGCUCAGAAACUAAGUCGGCAUCCAUCCCUUCAGAUUGGUGGCUGCUAUGAAGUUCACGAUAUUGGGGACGGCACAGCAACCUCUUUCUGGUAUGAUGCUUGGCACAAUGAGGACACUCUUGCUGAACGUUUUCCGGCAAUACACAGUCACUGCACCCACAAAAAUGUCUCGGUGGAUCAGGUCUGUGCCUCAGGUUCACUUGACUCGACCCUGUUUGUGCCGCGCCUUUCACACCAAGCUACUGUUGAGUUCAGCCAACUGCAGCAGAUUGUCAUUCAGACAUCACUCUCAGACACCAGAGACAAACGCCGGGGACUUUUCUGCCUCGGCCAUGGGAAACUUGAUUCCGGCAGCCUUUAUCGUCUACUGCAGUCCAGGAAUGCGCCACCACACCCUGCUGCCAAGUUUAUCUGGAAUAGUCAUGCUCCUCCAACAGUCCAAUUCUUCGUUUGGUUGCUCGUGCAUGGCAGAAUUCAGUGUAGAGCAACUCUUUUCAGGAAAACUAUCGUCGACUCACCUGUUUGUGAAAUAUGCAAUCUAGCUGACGAGACAAGCACACACAUAGUCUUUGGCUGCCGCUUUGCUGACGAAUUCUGGGCGAAAUUAGGAAUCCAACCAGCGCAGUCAGCAGAUGAUGGGUGCCUCUUCUGCUUGACAAGUCCAAACCACUUCCCAAGUAAGCACUUCAGCACUUUCGUCGCCCUGUGUUACUGGAACUUGUGGAAACGUCGGAAUGGAGUCAUUUUCAGAAGUGAGGCGCUCACACAUCAACAGGUGUUUCGUCUCAACCACAAUGAUGCAAAACUGUGGAAGACCAGACUGCCAAAGAGAGACAAAGUGAUCGCUGAUGCCUGGUGUAACCUUCUGUUAUCAAACAUGUAG